CACAGCCUCGGUCUUGUCGCUGGGUGUCGCAGCUCUCGCGGUGUCGGGUGGUUGCUGCAGGCCCGCCACGACUGUCACCACCGGGCGGCGGGCGCGGUUGUUGAUGGUGGAGCUGCGUGCCGAGCUGUGAGCGCCGUGCGUCGUGCCGAGCGUGUGACCGACUCCUGCUGCCGCCAGCCCUCCCCUCCCUCUCCUCCUCUCCCCCUCACACCUUCCUGCCAGUCGUCCAGGUGUAAAAGUGGCCGCACGAGGGUCUGCAAUCAAAGUGCUGUACCUGUCGAUCAUUUGUUACACUCCAGUGGAUGCGUGGCUCGUCUUCAACCCACCCUGUGUUAACCACCCGACUUCAGUGUUGUCAGCGGAUUCAAAAGUGUUUCCACGGGGGUGGGUUGUUUUUCUUUUAUGUUGUCGUCCUAUUGAAACGAGAGCACAGGUGUUGUAGGGAAAGUGUCUGCAACAAUGGUAGGCAAGGUGUGCGAGUGAAAUUCCGGUGGAUAGGACUUUAUGGUGUGAGUGCAGCUAUCACCUGCAGCAGGUGUGUGGUGAGCGGCAGCAGUUUCACCUGAUCGACGGUUGAUUACAGACAGCACGGUAGUCCUGUAGGAGCAAAGGUCAAAAGUCGCCGACAAUGGGAGCAAAAGGAACAAAGCUUUCCAAAGAGGAUCUGCGGUUCCUGGAGGAGAACACAAACUUUCAGAAGACGGAGAUCAAGCAGUGGUUUAAAGGCUUCAUGAGGGACUGUCCCGACGGUCAGUUAUCGCAGGAGAAGUUCAAGGAGGUGUAUGCCCAGUUCUUCCCGGGAGGAAAUCCGGAAGAGUUCUGCAAACACGUCUUCCGGUCCUUUGACAAGGACGGCAGUGGCUCCAUCGAGUUCAAAGAGUUCUUGCUGGCCAUCAACAUCACCUCAAACAAGGGAAACCCUCGUGACAAGCUCAACUGGGCCUUCGACAUGUAUGACAUCGACGGCAAUGGAACCAUCGACAAGAAUGAAAUGGAGAGCAUCAUCAGGGCCAUCUACAACAUGCUGGGCAACGCCAUCACGGACGUCAACAUCGACACGCCCAAGGAGCGCACUGUGAAGAUCUUCGGCAAGAUGGACACCAACAACGACGGCGUGUUGACGAAGGAGGAGUUCACGCAGGGCUGCAUGAACGACCAGUGUCUCUACCAGAUGCUGACGGCCGACGCGGAGGGACCCAAAUAACCUCGACAUGAUGAACGUGUCUCGCGAACCCUCCACACAAGGACACCUUGACCUUUCUCUGUCCACCAUUGGAUUACUUCAAGGUCAUGCUUUUGCAUUACGAUUGGACCAAGAUUUUGCAUUUUGGAUUGAACGUGCUGGUCGAAAAAAAAAAAAAAAGCAAAAGAGACUCGGACGAUGCUUUGCGACAUCGUAGAUGAGACGACAUUUGACCUCCCUCUCCACACAGGAUAUCAAUUAAACAUCACUGGCUGUACACGAGAACGGUUUAUAAGUAUGUUGCGCAUGGAAUUUUGUAAAAACAAAAAAUGUUGGCAGUUGAAAUUUUGUCUCCAACUAAGAACUUUUAGUCCUCUGUAGCGAAUGUAUUCUGUUUAAUCGGAAUCCAUAUACAGUGAGGCUUAAUAACCAUUUGCUCUGCCUUGUGCAAAUUUUCCAUUGCAAGUUUUAUUUUAUUUGUUUGUAUUGGGGGUUUGUUUUUUUUCUAGGAAACUGCGAGUCAUCAUCACGUGUAACACUGCAGAAAUCAAAACAAAUAUUAAAGAAGACACAGACGGAACUAAACACGCUUAUCCAAUUUUCGAUCUGUAUCGAUGGAUAUCCACGCAGGCAUAUCAUUUAGUCAUACGUACACAAAUACAUGCAUAUAUACAUUGUUUUCUAAGUGUUGGUCGUAUAAAAGACUGUUGUUUUGAUGUAAAGGAGAUUGCUUUAAAAGGAUGGCCUUGCAUUGUUUGUGGAAAGGCAAAAGAAGCGAUGUGUAGUAUUGCUUUGCAUUCAACCGGAGCUGGACGCGGUAUCUACCGACCCAACUGUGAGAUCAGACAUAUCUGUCCAACUGUUAGGACAAACAUGGCGAAAUAGUCUAGAAUUAUCUUCUCUCUGAAAAUACUGAAAAUGACCAGACCCUUCUACUUCUUAAAACUAGCAUGGGAUAAAAUAAUGUAGUCAGGAUGAGAAAAGGAUGAGAAUCCAGUAGGGAGAGCGAUCUUGGGCUUCGAAUGUCAUUCCUUUGUUCUUCCUAAAGGGGUGCAUCUCACGGUUUAUUCUUUCUUGCACGCUUUACAACGGAAAGUAGCGCGGAUUGAGCUAAGGUGGGAGAAACAGAUGCUUGUAGCUUAGUCGAAAUAAUUGAACAGUGUGACACCACCUUUAACAGAGUAUGUAGAAGGCUUUACACAUCUCGUUUCAUAUACUUGCUUGUAGUUAUGACAAAACAUGAAAAGCUUUUCCUUUGUUCAGUUAUUCCACAGUUUGUUAGAUUUUUUUAAUGGGGUGGUACAGCUGUGCAGAAAAUCCACAACACGUGACCUGUUCAGUGAAGAUGGCAAUACAUGUAAGGCAUGCAUGGAACGUGUUUUUAAGUUUUGUUUUAAUGGCUGACGAGGCUUUCGUGACACGUUGAUGUGGUGAUUCUCUUGUUGAGUGUAACAUACAGUAAUUGUAGUGGUGGUGAAAGAUAUUUGUCUGGAUGUCAACUCACAAACAAAACACAAACAAAAGCUCACAACACGUACACACAGACACGCACGCAAGCACGCGCUCACUCACAUGGGACUAAAGUUCGACUUCCUGAACAGCAAAACAUUUUGUCUUUCUCCUUUUGACUUCUCUUGUAUCCAGCCAUCAGCAUUCCAUUUGUCCCAGACCACGCCCAGGACCGUGCUCUUGUUACAAACUGUUACACCACAGACUACUUAGUGCAUCGACGGCACGUCACUGUGUUCUUGAAGUACGUUACUUGAUUGUUUAGCCGCUCAUGCUAUUCCUUCUUCUUUUUUUUUCUUCUUUUUUUUUUUGAUUGUUGACUUUGACACGCUCAUUAUAACCGAACGCUAACAUAGGAAAGAUUUUGUUUUGUUUUCCCUUCCACGGAUCUUUUUCAAGCAUUCUGUCUGUGUAAGAUCGCUGCCAACUUAGAUAUGUAUCAACAGAAUACUCUGUGUGUGUAUGUAUAUAUAUUGAUGAAAUAAAAGUAGAACCUAUCGUCUGAAGAUAAUUAGUAAGGGAACAUGUUUAUCAUACAUUGUUGCAUUGUGUAUGGGUCUAUCGUCCCCUUUAUUUCUGUGUAAUAUUUAUACUUCUUUGGCCUGUAUAUUGGCUGUAUUGGCUAUGAUAUUGGCUGUGCUGGUUUGAUAAAUUCUCGUCAUAUCACUCAACAUACAAUACUUUGUCUGUCUUUGAUUCUUGCUUUUUAUGAAAUGAAGGUCAGAAUUGAAACAUUUCUCACUGCUGGCACGCAGGCAUAACAGAUUGUGGAAGGAGUAAACUGCAAAGAGGGGUUACACCUAAAUAAUUCAUUCAAAUAAACUUGGGUGAGCGGUGAGGGGAGAGAAUCCCAGCCGGGGCCCUUGCUGGAUGAUCGUACUUGCGGACGAAGCUUGGCAUCAAUCUUUGACUGCAUGAGUCAGUAAUUCUAAUUGACUUACCGUCGUUAUUCUAAUUAAAGUUUGAAUUAUUCUUCGUGUUAUUGAGUCACCAAGGUUUGGAAAUGGUGGAGGUACUGUGGGAGGGAACAGGAUAAUGGCAGCUCAUCAAAUGUGGGGCGGGAACUUCGAAUGAGCGUGCUCACCUUUUGUUUGUCGCGCUCUGGAGGUGUGCCCGACUGUUCCAGAACUGAUCUCAGCAUCUUGUAUGACCAUCUUCUACCCACUAUUGCAAUAACUAUUUCCAGUUCUGAUAUCGUGUGUAGCAUGUUACCAAAAGAAAAAAUUCCUGCCACGAAGUUAUUGGUUGUUUCAUUCCAGAACAUUUUGUCAUUUCUUGUUUCUGAUUCAGCGAAAGCUAUGCUACAGGACAGUUGCUGUUAACUUGUCAACAGGUGACAGCAAAUAACUUGUCAGACGCAUCACUUUGACUGGGUGGGUGUUGGGGCUGCUGGCAGAAUACCUGACUACAGUCGUAGUUCAUGAAUGUCACCUCCUCAACUGUUAUGUACAGGAUGGGAGACAACAUCUCACUGAUGCCACAGAGCUCAUGAGUAUGACAAUAAAAGUUGUAUUGAAAAUCUAUAAAGCAUUUCAACACAACUAAAGGUCUUUCGAGCUCAUCCUGACAGUAAGAAUCCAUAUGGAAUGAAGACCAUCACUGACAGCGACUAAACAAAGAUUAUACGAAUGGAGUAGAGUUCGAAGUUUAAAUAACCGGGCAUGAUACUCCAAGACUGUUCUUCUGGAUUCGUUGGAGAUCAGUGGGAUGGGAUGGGGGUUGAUGGUGAGGGGUAGACAGAGGAAGAACUGGCCAUCAAACGCAAGAAGAAAUGAUGAAAAAAGAUGAAAGAUGAAAAAAAAAAAUAGAAAGCCGAAAGACGAAGACUAAAUGGACUGCAAGAGUCUUCAACAGCUGUGUAAUACAAAGCAUAAUUAUAAUCCUGAAGGCAAUAAAUUAAAAGCACUUUUUAAAGUAAUUGCAUAUUUUUAUUGCUGCAAUUCAGGGACAUAAAGGGUCUGAGCAAUGCUUUAUUGCAGCUCUUUCCAUCCUCCAAAUGUUGAGCAGUGUAGCGCCACCAAGUAGACUACCAUGUACUGCUUUCAUUUCAAUUUCAAUUUUUCACCCUGGACCUAGAUUAUGGAACAUGAGAGAAACAGUUUACAUCAGUUUACAUGGUUUUUUACCGCUCCUUUUCCCGACAGCUGAGGCAGGAGCUGUUUGACAUGUAUUUGCAUUUUUCUGGGGACAGCCAUCAUUUUCGGCACAGUCUGCUGGAACUGUGUAUUUUCCUCUAUUGUCAAAUGGCCAAGGUCCCUAGCCCGGCUUAUUUGAAUCAAUGUUCCCAAGCACAUUGUUCCGUCUAGGUUUUGCAGACGCAUUCAGAGACUUUCUAAAAGGUGUGUAUUUGUACUUUUUGUUCACCAAAUAAGUAAGCUUUUGUCGUUGGCUCACCUGUGCGCUUCAGUGGACUAUCUGUGAUGUGUGCAUUACUAGGCUUUGUUCCAUAGUUUGCACCACCACCACCAGCAGCAGCAGCACCACCACCACCACUACCACCACCACUUUCUCCAAACGACAACCGUAACCUGCUUUAUGUCCUCCUUGCUUGCAUAAUAAGGCACUGAUUAGAUUGUUCAGUCCAAAGUGUGAAAUUCCACUUGUGUGAUUCAUCUUGUCACGUGCUCGAUACUUGGUUGAAGAAGUUUAAAAAGCUGAGACAGGUGAGAGUAAUUACCUUGAAAUGGAAAGGGACCCGCUGUCAGACUUCAGCCAUGAAAUCUUGAUGAUAGAAACACUUGCCGUGCGGCCUUAAAGCUCGAUGUUGUCCUGUGUCCUGUGCCGCAAUGACAGUAGGAAACCUUUUACCCAGGCUAUCAGAUUUCACGAUUUCUGUUAAGAUUCAAGAGAAGUGAUUACGGAAAUAUGAUUUUAAUACCAGUGUAAACACAUUAAUCAUCCUUCAAAGCGGCAGGCUGUUGUAACUAAAUGUCUCACACCUAGUAGGAAUCAUUGAAAUAUAGGCAUUGACCAAAAUAAACUUGGGAAAUUAAAUCCUUCGCUCCAAGGAAAAUGAAAGCUAAUGAUUUCAGAAGUUUUUGUUUUAACAGAAAAGGUCAGGAAACAUUUCAUCACCUAUGCACAGACGGAAGUUUCGUCACAUAUUUACAUAUACAUACAAACACACAAUAGUAAUUUUUUUCUUAUGUUAGGUUUAUGUUCACAUGGUAGAGAUAACUAUUUUGUUAAGUUGUAAAUAUGAAACCACGAAGCAAUUCAAGAUAAUGAAGAUAAAAUACAAUAAAAGUCUAUGAGAUUGUCUUGUGUUCGACUAGCAUACAAGUCAGUGGUUGUUAUUGAAGUUACACAGAACUAUAGCCAGUAUGUCUACUGAAAGAUUAAAUACAACAGAAGGAAACGUGUAUUGUGUUUGUGCUGAACACAAAGACGAUGUGGGAAAAAUAUGUCUACAGACUCCAUCAUACUAGUCGUUCUCCAAAGCUGCAGGAGGCAGCACGUAGACCAAAAGUACUGAGUACCCUGAUUCUUCGUGAAUAAACAAUAAUAAUGAUAUUACAUUUUGACCUGAAAUCACGAACACAGUCACUGUAAUGACAUUUCACGAGCACCCGACAUCGUGAACAGAUAAGAAAGACAGAACUUUGAUACUGGCAUGAACUAUAUGAACAUUUUUUUUUUCAUUUUUCUCCGUUUUCCUUUCAUUUCUAUAUUAACCUGCUUCCUUUUUCUCUGUUUAUGCCCCCUCCUCUUCUGUAAUAUCAGUCAGAUGACCAAUGCUUCUCAAUUUGUUUAGUUGGUUUUAGUGUCUAAACCAAGAAAUAAAUAAGGGUUUGUUUUCUCAACUUUAAUAAGCGGAUGUAAUUCAGGUUAUGAAGCCUGUCUGGGGUUUUAUUUUUAUUAAGUAAAAAAGUAGGUAAUAACAAAAUCCCCAUUUCCACCAUUUUAACAUGUAUGCACAUUCUAUGCAAACCUUCCUUUACACGCCGACUAUAUAAUAGCAAACUGUACCAAGUGACAGUGUCAAUGCGUGUGACAACAUAUUAACGCAUUCUGUCGCAUGCUACCAAAGUUGAUUCUGACAGGAACUGUGUUAUUGGACAGAAAAAUAAUCUUAUUAGAUAUUUACUUGUUCCUAGAUUUUUAUGUGUAUUCCAAGACAAAUUUCUAGAAUCGUUUUGUGUAAGAUUGUAAGAUACACAAGCUACGUUGUUAUUAGUGUUUUUGAAGCUUUUGAAUCCCGUAUCCUGAAUUCUUGAACGUAAAUAAAGAAAAGGAAAAUUGUGGGUUUAAUGGAAAUGAUCAACAUUUCAAAAUGUUUGUAUUCCCUGUUGUAGUCCAUGUAACUGCAAAUGCGAAUGACGUCAACAACCUACAGGUGAUCGUACAGGUACGAUAGACGAUUUAGAAAAACAGGUUGCUUGGUGCUUAGAGAAAUAGUUGCCAUGGUAAUAUGUUUUGUGUUCAGGAUUCUAAUCUCGAGAGUCCUUCGUUAACACCUGGGUAUGUCUAUUAUGUGUCGGUGUCGGACUGAUGAUGAUAGCAGUGAUGGUCCUGGCAAUGAGAUGUCGGGUUCUGCUUGUUGUCCUCCUGUACACGACUGGCCCUGUGCCCGUCAUGCAAUGCAUUCUGCUGAUUUCAUCGACGAGCUAUCAUCACAUUGAAAUCGCUGUUUUCUUUCUUUUUGUCGUUAUUACAUCCUGACUGAAUUCAAAUACGGCCUGCGAAGCUUGCAUUUCAUGUCAUUGCUUCAUGUCAAGACUCCAUAGUCUUCUUUCAGGUUUGUUGUCCAGAAACAUUCAAGCUUAGCAUUGCCCCAGUGAGUAUACAAACAGAAUACACACAGUGGUUUAUGCUCUGUAAACACACGGUUUAGGUCUGUGUGCGACCCACAACGACAGUUUGUCGUCCAUUGUUGGAGCCAAGAUGUUCUCACAGCAUCACUGACCGUUGUAGUGCUGUAGACUGCCAUGAGCAAUGGCGCCUGGCGAUUAUAAGGCUACUGUAGUUCAAGUAGGCAUAACUUUGUAAGCAGACGUUUGCAUCUCUGGCUGUUAACACUGUUAUGACCAUGUGAACUGUGUUUUCUGCUACUUGAUUUGUUUGUAAUAAAGUGAUUCAUGCUCUA